AUGGUAGCCAUGGCGUCCGAUAUGACGAAUCCCGUUUUGGGAGCCCUGUCCGCGUCCGAUGCGCCCAUACUGUCCAAUGAAGCCUUCCCCUCCAUCCCCUCAGUGACAAUCAAGAGUGCGCUCGAUCGCCUAUCCUCCCGACAGAUGGUCGAGUAUGACACAGUGGAACGAGAAGUAGCUGUCUUGACAGGAGAAGGUCAAGAGAUCGCUGCCAAUGGCAGUCACGAGGCCAAAGUCUUCGAGGCAGUGCUGGCUGCUUUGGAUGGGCUGAAGAUUGGCGACUUGCCGGGAAUCGUUGGAAAGGAUAACGCCAAAGUUGGUCAGGGCAAUGCCUUCAAGCGAGGCUGGAUCAAGAAGGACGGUGCCGUGCUCCGGGCCACUACUGAGUCCAUUGUUGAUGAGACUCGAGAGCAGUUGUUGACGAUCGAGCGAACCCAGACUCUGGAUGACCAGAAGGCCCUUUCGGACUUGAAGCGACGGAAACUGGUUGCCUUACAGAAAGUCAUCACAUUCAAGAUCUCAAAGGGUACUAAAUAUGCCAAAGAAUUCGUCAAGGAGGAGACGGAUCUUACGGCCGAGAUGCUCAUGAACGGGUCGUGGAAGACGGCCCAACUAAAGCCCUACAACUUCAAGGCCAAGGGUGCCCCCACUCCUUCUGGUGCCUUCCACCCUUUGAACAAGGUGCGACAGGAAUUCCGGAAUAUUUUCUUUGAAAUGGGCUUCGAGGAGAUGCCCACAAACCGCUUCGUGGAGACGGGUUUCUGGAACUUCGACGCUCUCUAUGUGCCUCAGCAACACCCCGCCCGUGAUCUCCAAGACACAUUUUAUAUCUCAGAUCCUGUCAAGGCAGACCCUCCCCGUGAGGACCCCGAAAACGACCCGCACCGUCCGAAAUCCGUCCUGCCUGCCGCGAGUGCGGUUGCAAAGAAGCCGCUUGACUACAAACAAUACUGGGAGGACGUGCGCGAGGUCCAUGAAAAUGGCAAGUAUGGGUCGAUUGGCUACCGCUACCCAUGGAAUGCGGAUGAGUCCUUACGGUUGGUUCUUCGCACGCACACAACGUCAGUGUCAACAUACAUGUUGCACAAACUUGCAGCCAACCCGCGACCUGCGAGAUACUUCAGUAUCGACCGAGUGUUCCGGAACGAAGCAGUUGAUGCCACUCACCUGGCAGAGUUCCACCAAAUUGAGGGUGUUAUUGCUGAUUUCGGACUCACCCUGGGUGGUCUGAUCGGAUUCAUGGAAGUCUUCUUUGCUAAGAUGGGCAUCCAUCAUCUGCGCUUCAAGCCUGCGUACAACCCCUACACCGAGCCUAGUAUGGAAAUCUUCGGUUACCACGAGGGACUGGGCAAGUGGGUAGAGAUCGGAAACAGUGGUAUGUUCCGACCGGAGAUGUUGGAGCCAAUGGGUCUUCCCAAGGACAUGAGGGUGUACGGAUGGGGUCUAAGUUUGGAGAGACCGACUAUGAUCAAAUAUGGUGUCAGCAAUAUUCGAGAACUCCUGGGCCACAAAGUUGACCUCAACUUCAUCGAAACCAACCCUGCCGUUAGAUUAGAAAGGGACUAA